CUUUCUUCCCCAUCAUCUUCCUUCACAAACCAAACCAAGAGAAAAGAUAAAUCAUCAAGAAAAGGUUUGACUUUUCUUUGUGAUCGACGAAGAUGGCGGAUGCUUUCACCGAUGAGCAGAUCCAAGAGUUUUACGAAGCCUUCUGUCUCAUCGACAAAGACUCUGAUGGGUUCAUCACAAAGGAGAAACUAACGAAGGUGAUGAAGUCGAUGGGGAAGAAUCCAAAUGAGGAACAACUUCAAGAGAUGAUGAGCCAUGUCGAUAUCUUUGGCAACGGAGGCAUCACCUUUGAUGAUUUCUUGUAUAUAAUGGCUCAAAACACCUCUCAGGAAGCGGGAUCGGAUGAGUUGAUAGAAGUGUUUAGAGUGUUCGACAGAGACGGAGACGGUGUCAUAUCUGCACUUGAGUUGGGAGAAGGAAUGAAAGACAUGGGGAUGAAGAUAACGGCGGAAGAGGCGGAGCAUAUGGUGCGAGAAGCCGAUCUUGAUGGCGAUGGUGUUCUCUCUUUCCACGAGUUCUCCAAAAUGAUGAUCGCUGCCUCUUAUUAGCAUUUAUAUAUCCCUAUAAAGUAAAUGCUAUGAUAUAAGGGGGUUUGUUUGGAUGAUGCUCUGUUUUCUGAGUUUGCAAUUUCUAAUAAAGCUUCAAAUGAUAAAAAAGUGGGUUUGUUUAAGCACGUAUCAACUACUUUUCCAUAUGUUAAACUUAAAACACACAUCGAAUCGUAUGUCACAGUAUUUUCCAUGUGAUAUAAUAAAAGUGUCGGUCCCAUAUCAAUGAAUUAUUUUGAGUUA